AUGAUCCGCCUGCAAGAAUCGGAACGUGAUGCCACACGAUUUUUAUGGUUAAAGGAUACGACGAAAUCACCCAACCCCGAAAACAUUCGGGAACUUCGUUUCACAAGGGUACCAUUCGGCACUAAAACCAGUCCUUCCCUAUUAGCUAUGUCUAUUAAAUUUAUGCUCGAAAAGAAUAGCAAUAGAACCGUACGUAAAGAAAUUGCUCGCAAUCUUUACGUGGAUAAUAUGAUUCUAAGCGCGGCCUCAGAAGAAGAAGCUAAGUCGAAAUAUCUACUGAGCAAAAAGAUUUUCGAUGAUAUGUCCAUGAACCUGCGUGAAUUCGCAACGAACUCAGCUCAACUACAAGCUUGUAUUCCAGAAAAGGACAGGGGCAGUGCUACAGUAAUAAAAUUAUUGGGCAUCUUCUGGGAUAGGACGAAAGGCCACUUACUGAUUCGAUCGCAACUCGAAUUCGAAAGUAACCCAACAAAACGUAGUAUACUUCGCACUAUCCACUCUAAUUUUGAUCCUCUAGGAUUCUUGAUCUCACUUUUGAUACCAGCUCAAAUAUUUCUACAAAGCCUGUGGGCCAAGGGAUAUGAAUGGGAUGAGGAGUUAUCGGAUCAAGACAUAGAACGUUGGAAAUCGACUUGCAUGGAAGCAAGCACGUUUUCGAAACGCCUACAUCGCAGCAUCUACGUUUCCGAUCCAGAGGAAAAACUCGAACUUUGUACCUUUGCCGACGCAUCCAUCAAUGCCUAUGCAACUUGUUGUUAUCUUCGUAAGAUUCACGAUAACAGUAUCGACACGGAUUUGAUAUGUGCCAGGUAUCGUCUCGCACCUAUAAGUUACCUUACGGAACGAAAAACGAUGACGAUACCUGAGCUAGAACUCUUGGCACUAUUCAUCGUAACACAACUGACAGACUUUAUCCUUAACGAACUUGACCUUUUUAAAUCGGAACAAUUCGCAUCUUCUCGGACAGUAACAUUGCACUAUCGCAACUUCUUUCGGGUCAAAAUGCGGGCACUCUCGUAA